AUGUUGAUGACGUUUGCUUGUCUUUGUUUUUAUCUUUCAUACUUCUUGUUUAUUUUGUGUGGUGAGAGUCUCGUUACUUUAUACAGCAGCUCGCGGGCUAAAAACACACAUGAUCCAUUCGAGGUGUUAAUUUGAUGUUCACACUUCAGUGAUGUUCAGACUUGUAGCUCCGGGGUGAUUUCUUAAUGCGACGUGUAGGGAGUGUGUGUGUGUGUGUGUGUGUGUGUGUGUGUGUGUGUGUGUGUGUGUGUGUGUGUCGUCGUUGCAGAUGGACGAAGCAUCACACACACUCAGAACCGAGCUGCGGGACAGAGACUCGGCGAGGAGGAGAUUCACGGGGGGGCAGACGAGAGCUCGAGCGGCGGAUGCAGCGGCGGACCGCUUGACGUUGGCUUCCUGCCUGCUGAGAUGUGCCAAUAGGAGACCUUGUGAACAGGGGUUCAUGCUGAUGAAAUUGAUCUGCUCAGUGAGCUCCAACCAGAGCCAUGGGGAGCACCCGGACUGCCGCGGUGAGAGGGAGUCGGGAGGGGAGGCGUCCCUCCUGGUGUCUCCGCUGGUGGUGGCGGGGAUCGUCAUAGGCCUGGUCCUCUUCCUCUCCUGCAUCACCAUCAUCGUGGGCAGCCUGCGCAAAGACAGUCGACUUCGAAACCCGCACCUGCGAGCCGCCUACGGUCUGGAUGGAUUCUCCUACGGCGGCUCGGUGGGAGAACUGAGGUCCACCUGCUUAGAAGAAUUUCCUCCUGGUUUGGACUUUGAUUCCUACAGAGAGACGCUGUCACGAGUCAACGACCUGUACCCCGACUCGCCGCCGCGUUACGAGGAGUGUGUGUGCCCGGGUCCGCCUCAGACCUACCUCCCCUCCGAUGACCCGCCUCCUUACUCCCUGCUGGACCCCCGUCAGAGAGGAGCGCAGCCGGAGGAGCCGCCGGAGGAGCCGCCGGAUCCCUCUGCGGGGGGCGCUGCUUGGUUCUCCCCCUCCCACCACGGACACAUCGCCUCCAUCUCCCUCCGGCUGGAGGCGGCGCCGCCCUACGAGUCGGUGCUGGCCGAGCAGGGCGGAGCCCUCCCUCUGGUGCCGUGUGACCUUCGCAAACACCAGUCGGAGCGGCGGGGCGAGGGCGGCACCCGGCAGCCGGGGGGCAACCACAUCUUGUAGGACAAUCAGUUAAGUUGGUGCUGCCGGUUGUUCCUGGUUGAAUUAAAACGAAACGACGGAGAGGCAGAAAACGGGCGUCAGGAGCAGAUGUGACCCCCUCACACCCCCCCGAAGCAUCGCUAUCCGGCUCCUCGUUCUGGACUAAAUGAAAAGAAUAAAAGUCACUUUGUGAAACAGGACAGCUUGUUAAACCCUAUCGUGCCCACACGUUCUUCUCCUGUUGUCCCUCCUCCCCCCUCACCUGUCAGCCUGAUUCACCUGUGCUUAGGAUGCGAUGACAUCAUCGUGCUGUAGCUGCCAGAUGAUGAGACGAGUCCCAGCUGUGGAAGUCGCUCACAGGAAGUGAGUGAAGCACUCGGCCGGCGGUCGUCGACUCUUUUUGUUUCUUUGAAUAAAACGUAGAUACUGGUGUCGUAACCGGAGCCCAGCAGCGACGUGUAGCUCGACGCCUCCUCCUCCCCACGCGGAAGUCACACAUCAAACUGUAGACCGGAACACGCCGUCUACACGCUUCUGUGUAUUUUUCUCUCCGUUUCGGUCUCGUGGAAGAAGGAACCCGAGCGUUGUGACGUCAUGGUGGCUUCAUUGUCGCACUCAUCGGCACCUGGAUCUGAAUGACAUCACUCCUCAGUUUGCUAAUUAAGGAACUGUAAUGUGUAUUUAAAAUGUUGGUUCAUCUUUCACAAACAGAUUUAAAGUUUGGGUCCAUAAAAUGCCAGGAAAUAGGAAAAAGUCCACAACAAAACUCCCAAGAUGUUCACAAAUAAGGUGAAAGUUAUUAACAAAAAUAGCACUAAUCAAUUGAAAGAUUUCAGAAACUUUUGGAUUUGCCAAACGUUUGCUUGUCCCGUACCUUAAUCCAGAUGUUCCCUUGUCUUCGCCGUGAUGGAAUCUCAGCGCUGUGCUCACAGCAGGAAGUCAUUCCAGCAAAGGGGAUCUUCUGUUGGAUUUACGUAUCUGACACAUAGAAGUUUAACAGAUUAGCAGAUUAAUAGUGAAUCUGGUCUGGUCUUUUGUUACAUGUGAUUACUUUGAUUUGUAUUUCACUAAAUUGUGACAUUUGGUCUAACUUAAAAAAAUAUUGUUAUAACACAACAUGAAUAAAAUGUGAUGCUGGCUAAAAAUACUUUAAUAAAGUAAUAUCCUAAAAUGUAUUGGCUUGAAAGUAAAUGCAGGUGAGCCCUAAAGAGCAUCUAGUGACUGAAGUGUUAUUAGAGCAGAGGUUUUAUCAGUAAAAUCAACUGGUGACCAAAGAAUUAACACGUUUAAUUGUUUUUUGAUUUAAUGUUAUGAAAUUGCAUGAGGGUUAAAAGAUUGUAAAAAGGGACCUGACAUGUAGGCUGUAUAUAGUCAGUCCACACACGUAGCAUCACAGCACAAGCGCGUUGAGAAAAAACAGAUAAACCAAAAAAAUUCACUUUUUGGAAAUUAGGAAAAUAUGAGAAAUAAUAAUAUCAUGAUAUAAUAAUUAUUAUAUAUAACAAGUUAAACUCGUUCCGGAUUGAGGUUAAAAAAUAAAUGUUACUCUUCCAAAGUUGUACUUUUAGCUUAGUUCAAUAUUUAAAAAGAUAUAAUUGUAUGUUAGAAAAAGCCAUGGUCGGUGAAAGUUGACUUAAUGAUAUUUGUUUGUGUUUUCCAUUUCACGUCCUGCCACGUUGCUGCCUCUCAAGCCAGGAUUCAUUCUCAAAUAUAUAGAGAAAUGUAUGUUUAACAUGUAUGUAAACCGACUCCCACCAGGUGGAGAUGCAGAAGAAGCACAUGACAUGGAGCCCCCCCCCCCCC